AUGAGAGAAAUAGCUUCCUUUUUCCAUCACUCUGCAGCAUCAUUGCUCUGCAUGAUCAUGAUCAUGUUGUUCAGUAUGAUGAGUGGUAGGUGUAUACAUUCUGUUUUGGUUGGGCUUCUAUGCCUGGUCAUUGCUUCUGCUAUUUGUUGUUCAAGUGUUGGAAGCUCCAGCAUUCUGUGCAUGGAGAAUGAAAGACAUGGUCUUCUCCAGUUCAAACAAGGCCUUGUGGAUGAGUCCAAUGCUCUUACUUCUUGGGAAAAGAAGAAAGAUUGCUGCAAGUGGAGAGGAAUAGCGUGCAACAACCAAACAGGUCAUGUCACAAGACUUGAUUUCUCCUUUAGAUAUUUCAAUUAUACAGAAGUUCCUUUAAGAGGUGAAAUUAGUCCUUCACUACUUGAAUUGCCAUAUCUAAAUUACUUGGACCUCAGUUAUAAUGAUUUUGGAGGAAUGAUGAUUCCCAAGUUCAUUGGCUCUUUGAGUCAAUUGAAAGAACUCAAACUUACAGCUGCUGAUUUCAGUGGACCUGUUCCUCCCCAACUUGGAAACCUCUCUAACUUGCACACUCUUGAUCUUUCCUACAAUGAUUUUGGAGGAAUGAUCAUUCCCAAGUUCAUUGGCUCUUUGAGUCAAUUGAAGGAACUCAAACUUGCAGCUGCUGAUUUCAGUGGACCUGUUCCUCCCCAACUUGGAAACCUCUCUAAUUUGCACACUCUUGAUCUUUCCUACAAUGAUUUUGAAGGAAUGAUGAUUCCCAAAUUCAUUGGCUCUCUGAGUCAAUUGAAAGAACUCAAACUUGCAUAUGCUAAUUUCAGUGGACCUGUUCCUCCCCAACUUGGAAACCUUUCUAAUUUGCACACUCUUGAUCUUUGCGGUACCAAAGUUGUUAGUUCAGAAAAUCUUGAGUGGUUAUCUCAUCUUUCUUCCUUGAGAUACCUGAAAAUGUCAUGGCUGAAUUUGUCUGAGGCUGUGAAUUGGCCACAAUCUUUAAGCAAACUCACUUUACUGACAGAGCUUCAGUUAUCUUCCUGUGAUCUUCCUGAUGUCAAUCUAAGAUCACUUUCCUUUAUUAAUUCUUCCACCUCUCUUCAACUGCUUGACCUCUCUCUCAAUCAUCUUAAUUCUUCAAUAUUUUAUUGGAUAGCCAAUGUCAGCAGCAACUUUGUCCAUAUUGGUCUCUCUUCCAACAAUCUUAAAGGUCCUAUCCCAGAUGUCUUCACAAGCAUGCUUUCUCUAGUAACACUAGAUCUGUCUUGGAAUAAACUUGAAGGUGGGAUACCAAAAGGCUUUCAAAACUUAUGCAGCUUAGAGUCUUUGGGAUUAGCUGUAAACCAAUUGUCUGAAAACAUUGAGGACUCUGUUAAAACCUUGUCUUGUGCUGAGAACACACUUGAGACCUUGGACUUGAGUGAUAACCUGUUUUGGGGGUCGUUGCCGGAUUUGGCACGUUUUUCAAAGUUGAGAGAGUUAUAUCUUUUCAGCAAUCAACUAAAUGGGUCUGUACCCGAGAGUGUCGGGCAACUCUCUAGCCUUGAAACAUUGUUACUCUCCGGGAAUUCUUUGAGUGGUGUCAUAACAGAAGCCCACUUUUUGAACCUCUCUCGUUUACAGUCUCUAGCCAUUUCUAAUAACCAUUUCUCUAUCAACCUGAGCUCUGAUUGGAAUCCACCAUUUCAACUUGAUUGGUUAGAGAUGUCCUCUUGCAAGGUGGGCCCAGCUUUUCCCAAGUGGAUUCUAACGCAGACAAAUCUUACUGAUCUUUAUCUCUCUAAUACUGGACUAUCAGGAUCAUUACCUAAUAAGUUUUGGGAUCUAUUUUCUGGCUUAGAUUGGCUAGAUCUCUCUAUGAACCAAAUCCAUGGAAAACUGCCGAAUCUGUCAUCGACAAGCUUGGGUCUUCUCAACUUGUCUUCUAAUCUAUUUUCUGGCGCAUUGCCAUCAUUUUCUCCUAUGCUUAGGGAUUUGUAUCUCUCGAAUAAUAGGUUUUCAGGACCUUUGUCUUCCUCAUGUGCAACGCAGUCUCCAGAUUUAAGUUAUGUUGACAUUUCUAAGAACCUAUUGUCUGGGGAGCUUCCUAAUUGUUGGAUGCAAUUUCAAAAUUUGUAUCUAUUCAAUUUGGGAAAGAAUAAAUUAUCUGGAAAAAUACCAAGCUGGUUAGGCAAUCUACAGGGAAUUCAGGUAUUGCGUUUACAUGAUAACAACUUUUCAGGAGAAUUGCCUUCUUUAGAGAACUGUACCCGAUUAUUGAUGGUUGACCUUGGCAACAAUAAGUUGUCAGGAAAGAUACCAACAUGGAUUGGCCAAAGCCUACCAAAAUUGUUGACUCUACGCUUACGGUCAAAUGAGUUUAAUGGAAUCAUACCCUCCUCCCUGUGCGGUCUAGCUGGCAUUCAUGUUUUGGACCUCUCUCACAACAAUAUUUCAGGAGGCUUGCCACAUUGCUUCAAUAACAUAACCGCAUUGGCUAAUGAUACUGGAGUUGGUGAAAUUGUGGAACUUGUGUGGAAAGGAAUAGAAAUUGAGUUUCCCAAUAUUACAAGUUUGAGAAGCAUUGACAUUUCAAGCAACUAUUUGAUUGGGGAAAUUCCGCCAAGUAUAGCAAGUAUGACAGAGUUGAUUUCUCUGAACCUGUCUAGAAACAAAUUGACGGGAAAGCUUCCUGAAGACUUUGGUAACAUGAAGAUGUUGGAAUCUCUUGAUUUGUCAAGAAACCGGAUAUCUGGAAGAAUUCCAUCAGGCACCCAACUUCAGGGUUUUAAUGCUUCUGCAUAUAUGGGAAAUCAUGGACUUUGUGGACCACCGCUGACACCAAAUUGCUCACGAGAUGGAGCAACUCAAGCUGAUGAUAACAAAGAACAUGAUAAUGAUGGUCUCAUAAGCCUGGGCUUUUUUAUCAGUGCUGUGCUGGGAUUCGUCACUGGAUUUUGGAUGGUCUGCGGCAGUUUACUGCUUAAGACUUCUUGGAGAUAUGCUUAUUUCAGAUUCCUGGACAAUGCAAAAGAUUGGAUUUAUGUCAAAACCGCUGUGUACAAGGCAAAAAUGCAAAGGAGACUUCAAAGAUAAAUGGAGAUUCUGGCAUUCGGGGAAAUGAGCCUAAUGAUCCCGGAAGUGGAAAGAUUCAAGGCUUAAUGUUGAAGGUUUCCAGAUGUCGUUGCUUUCUCUUUCAGCAAGAAAUAAUUAUUAUGCUUUUAUCUCUUGAGAAAUGUGUGUGAAUAAUGGAUUGUAUGUAGUAUGAGCUGGUAUAACUUUUAUUCCAUCUUUUGUGGCUGUAAUUUAAACCUAGCUUUCUCGAUUGAUUUCAAAAUAAUUACCUGCAAUUAUAUAUUGUUCCAUUCCAGAGCAUUUGAAUUAAUCUGAUCUAUUCCAAUCAAACUUCAGAGAUUUUAUUACUCUGCAUCUAUGGGGAAUUUUGGACUUUGCAUACCACAGCUAACACUUAAGUCCCCGAAAUAUGCGACUGCUCAAGAUCCUGGUAUCUCUAGUGGCAGAGGAAAAACUGAUGGUAUCAGAAACCUAGGAUUUUAUUACGAUAGUGCAUAGCUUGGAUUCUUCAGAGGAUUUUGGGAGUCUCUGACACUUCACUACUAAAGUCUUCAUGA